AUGAAGCAUAUCAGAUUGUAUCCUUUGAGGUUCCGAGAUCCGCAGAUCGAAAGCGAAUGGAUGGCCUUCUCGGCAGUGUCUUGGAGACGUUUUGCUCUCAACGACACCGUGGCGAUUGCGUACAUCAUGUUUGUAGCCUUCAACUGGCUGGUCAGCCAGCCAGACAUCAGUGCUGUUUGCUGCCUGGUCUUGCAAGUCGGCUUGACCAAGAUAUACACUCAGAGUCCGAACUUUCGAGUUUGGAUGUCCCACAUCGGGCUCGUUGGGAUCCUUGUCAGUCUGGCCUGGCAGACUGUUCGAACUUCGACCUACGUCAACACCCCAGCAACUGCUGGCAUCAUCAUCAACCCGCACCAUGUCGCCAUUGUGUUUUCCAUGGCAAGCACAUACCAGGGGCGAAGCUCAUCGAUCCACCUGACCAUGGGUCUGUUUGUGCUGCUGUCGCCUCUGAUUUGGUAUUUCACCAAUCCGAAUGUCUUCAGCAACAUCCACGGAUUCUCGGUCUUGCUCACGUACUGCAAGGUGGCCCUCACGGGCAUGCUGGCGGCCUAUGCUGAGGACCUCAAUCGCCGCGUGUCGUUCUACACUGCCAAGGAAAUCAUCAAGAUGAAGGAUGAACUCUCGCCUCCUCCAGCAGCAAUCCUCAAUGAGAUUCCCUUCUACCUUGCGGACCGCAACAUCGAUACUCGGGAGUACAUUCUGCCCAUCGGCGACAUGGCAUGCAUCCAGAACCAGUCGUGGAAGCAAAGACUAUGGGUCUACUGGCGGACCUUUGUGAUGAUGCGUUUCAUGGACGAUACGCUGGAGAUGGAGUAUCGAAGAAUCAUGACAAAGAGAUCGGUGUAUCUCUAUGUGACCACGACCGUCAUCAACGUCGUUGGAGCCAUCACCACCAAUCUACUCUCGAGCUGGACACUGAUCCAACAGGGAACUGCAACGAGCAUCACCUUCUUGAUCUACUUUCCAGUGGCCCUGAUUGCACCAAAGCUGUUCCUGCUAUCCUCCAAGAUGCGCCGGGAUCCCUGGGUGUGGCAGGCUGUGAUCCUGACCAGCGCCGUCUUCAACAUAGGCGGCUGGGUCCUGAACCAUUUUCUCUUCAUCAACAGCCAAGUUAUCGACGAUGCCACCUUCUUUCUCAGCAUCAACUGUGUCGUCAUUGCCACCUUUGCUGCUGGAUCCCAGUCGGGCCUCCUGGCCAUCUGCUACUAUCCGAUCCUGAUCGUGGUGGUCAUCUUCCAUGUCUUUACGGGCAUCUUUAUAGCCACAAACACCAUCUACAGCUACUUUGAUGUGACGGCCAUCCCGGCGACCUGCGCUGCCGCCGCCAUCAUCUGCGUGACCAGUGAAUUCGAGUCCCGCAAGCUGUACCUGCUGGCCAAAUGGUCCGAGGAGCUGAAUCUGGCUCGCUCGCCCGAAGGCGGCUUCAAGAGCCCAAAUGCACAGCUCAUGGCAACAAUCUUCCGGUCCAAGCACCAGAAGGCCAAGUCCAACACACUCAAGGCCCAAAAGAGCGGCACCAUCGCAUUUCUCCGCCUGGCGCGGCUGCUCGCGUCUCAAGCCUCCUGCUUCUCUGGAUCUGCCGACGAGCCCAGCUGCCUUGCCUUCCCGAGAUCUACCAGCGACUUUGGUCU